AUGUUGUCCUUUACCACUCUAGUUGUGGCUUGCUCCACCGUGAUGAGUGCCAUGGCAGCUCCUAGUGCCAUCAGCAAACGUGAUACGAUCACCAGCACCCAGACGGGAACCAACAAUGGCUACUAUUACUCCUUCUGGACCAAUGGUGGUGGCACGGUCGAGUAUACCAAUGGUGCUGCCGGAGAGUAUAGUGUCACCUGGGAGGACUGUGGUGAUUUCACGUCUGGCAAAGGCUGGGCCACUGGGAGUGCCCGAGACAUCACCUUCUCGGGCUCUUUCGAGUCGUCGGGGAAUGCAUACCUCGCCGUGUAUGGCUGGACGAAGAGCCCGCUCAUCGAGUACUACAUCCUGGAAAAUUACGGCGACUCCAACCCCGGCGACAGUAUGACGCACAAGGGGACUGUCACCAGCGAUGGCUCGACCUAUGACAUUUAUGAGCACCAGCAAGUCGACCAGCCCUCCAUCUCCGGCACUGCGACCUUCAACCAGUACUGGUCCAUCCGCCAGAAGACGCGGUCUAGUGGCACCGUGACCACGGCCAACCACUUCAAUGCCUGGGCUUCGCUCGGAAUGAGCUUGGGCAGCCACGACUACCAGAUUGUCUCGACGGAGGGAUAUGAGAGCAGUGGAUCUUCGACCAUUACGGUUUCGUGA